AUGGCUGAAAUGUUGCAUCCAAAAUUGACCGAAAUUUCGUUUUUAUUAAAUAAUGGCGUUAGAAUGCCAGCUAUUGGUCUGGGGACUGCCAAUCCUCCGGAGAAGCUGGCUGAAACGAAACAAGCUGUGAAGGCAGCCGUGAAAGCUGGUUAUAGACAUAUCGAUACCGCUUGGGCGUACGGAUCUGAACCUUUCAUUGGCGAGGCAAUCAAGGAAUUAAUAGAAGAGGGAGUUAUCAAGAGAGAGGAUCUAUUUAUCACCAGUAAGGUCUGGCCUGUGUUGUGGGAUGAUGUUGAUAGAUCUUUAAACGAGAGCUUGAAGAGUUUGGGCGUCGAAUAUGUGGACUUACUGCUGCAGCAUUGGCCAAUUUGCUAUAACAAGCGGAACGAUCCGCAUGGGAUUAAUGGUCUGGCCAGAAAUCCUGUUAGGGAAGAUGGCAGCCCUGAUUACAACGAAAGUGCUGACUGGAUCGAAACCUACAGGCAAUUGGAGAAAAUCUACUCUGAUCCUAAAGAUAGGCGUGUAAGGGCCAUUGGGGUUUCUAACUUUCCUGUUGAGUAUCUUGAAAGGGUUUUGAAGGAAUGUAAUGUGAAGCCGGCCAUGAACCAGGUGGAGAUGCACCCACGGUUGCCUCAGUUCGAACUUAACAAGUUCUGUCGUGAGAAAAACAUAAAGCUGACCGCAUAUUCUCCCGUUGGCUCGCAUGGCGCUCCGCUCGUGGACUAUCCUCCCAUUAAGGAGAUGGCAGAGAAGUACAAUAUUUCUCCUAACGACAUUUUGACGUCGUAUCACGUUAGGCAGGGAAGCUUCGUCGUUCCUAGAUCGGUUAACAGCGUUAGAAUAGCUUCCAAUAUUGAGUUUGCUCCCUUGAGCAAAGAGGAUAUAGAUAAGUUGAGUGAUCUUGGUCGCACCGAUCCUAAGAGAUAUAUAAAUGAGGAGUGGAAUAAGGUGGUUCCAGGCUUUACAGGCACUGGGCCACCAGUGUAG